UGGAAUAACCAUGUAUUUCUCUUUCAUGCUUCUAGUUCUUGCAAAUGUUAUCGACUUAGGAAUCUGCUGGUUUGGCAUCAGCAGCUGGUCAGACUUCUAUUACAUACAAGAAAAGAACCCAUUUUCUCACGAAUCCACUGGUAAUGCGGAUGAGCCAUGCAUUUACACGGAGUAUGUGUCAACUAUACGGUAUGUUGACGCAGUGCUCUACACGUAUACCUGCAAUCCUGGCUUAAAAUGCAAAAAAUGCAGCGUCGAUAAAUAUUAUGAUGAAAAAUAUGAAACCCGUUUUUGUUUCCGUAAAGGAAGUGGAUGCCAAGGAAUAGAGUUUGACAACUACCGGUACAGAAAUAAAAACACUCAAAGAAGUGGUAAGAAAGCGAUUUCUGAAGAAGGAAAAGAAUCAAAAGGAGAAAAUGAAGCAGUGUUAAAAGGAGUUGGAACAGAGCUAGGAACAGAAAAAGGAACUGGAGAAGGUAAUACAGCAGAUGAAGGAAAUGGCUCAGGAGUAACAGAAUCUGGAACAGUACAAAUGACACAGCAAGAUACGGCAGGAAGGAAUACGGCAGAAGAAGGAAUACGAGAAGGGAAUGGAGCAGAAGAAGAGAAAAAAUCUGUUGAGGACUCAGGAGUAACAUCAGUCGGAACAGGUCAAAUGACAGAGAAAGGAACUGGAGAAAUGAAUAAAGCAGAAGAAGGAACCCCCAUAGGAUUAGCAGAAUCUGGAACAGAACAAAGGACAAAGAAGGAUACAGCAGCAGAAAAUACGGACGAAAAAGGAACAAGAGACUUGAAUUGGAGCGGAAGAAGAUAAAAAAUCAGUUGAAGGAAAAGACUCAGGAAAAACGGUAGUUGGAACAGGACAAGAGCUGGAGACUGA